CCGAUACCCAGAAGUCUAUCGAUACUACGCCGCAAAUCAUCGACAUUGUAUCACACUUGGAAAUUUUGUACAAGUUGACACACAAGUAAAUAACCACACAUAAUGGCGCAAAGUAAACUCAAUGAUCUUGCGGGCAAGCUGGGCAAAGGUGGCCCUCCUGGACUGGGUAUUGGACUGAAGCUUUUGGCUGCCGUUGGUGCGGCUGCCUAUGGCAUUAAUCAAUCCUUGUACACCGUUGAAGGUGGUCACCGCGCUAUUAUUUUCAGCCGCUUGGGCGGUAUUCAGAAUGAUAUCUAUUCAGAAGGUUUACAUUUCCGUAUUCCCUGGUUCCAAUAUCCAAUUAUCUAUGACAUUCGUUCGCGCCCCCGCAAAAUUUCAUCACCCACCGGCUCAAAGGAUUUGCAGAUGAUUAACAUCUCGUUGCGUGUGCUGUCGCGUCCCGAUUCGAUUAACCUACCCUUCCUGCACAAGCAACUGGGCGUGGACUACGAUGAGAAGGUGCUGCCCUCCAUUUGCAAUGAGGUGCUCAAGAGUGUCAUUGCCAAGUUCAAUGCCUCGCAGCUGAUUACACAGCGUCAACAGGUUUCACUGUUGAUCCGCAAGGAGCUCGUAGAGCGUGCACGUGACUUCAACAUCAUUCUGGAUGACGUUUCGCUGACUGAACUGAGCUUUGGCAAGGAAUACACAGCCGCCAUUGAGGCCAAACAGGUGGCCCAGCAGGAGGCACAACGUGCCGUCUUCUUUGUGGAGCGUGCCAAGCAAGAGAAACAACAGAAGAUUGUGCAGGCUGAGGGUGAAGCCGAGGCAGCGAAAAUGUUAGGUCUGGCCGUCAAGCAGAAUCCGGCGUAUCUGAAACUUCGCAAGCUGCGCGCCGCACAGAGCAUUGCCCGCACGAUUGCCAGCUCACAGAACAAGGUUUACCUGUCGGCCGACAGUUUGAUGUUGAACAUUCAGGACUCCAACUUCGAUGACAUGACCGAGAAGGUUUACAAAAUUGGCACGGGCUUGCCCAAGAAUUGGCUCGACGCACGCAAAAUGACACCCAAUGUGGACACGACCAAUGUGGGCGAUGUGGCACGCAACACUGCGAACCGCAUUAUGUAAUCCCCGGAGCUUGGAAGAUGCAGCCAAGAGAGGAGCAGACGUCAGAGGAGGCGUGUAUUGUACCUUUACUUACCUUAUCGACUUUUAAUCAUUUUGGCAAAUCCAACAAGAAAUAACAAAAAUCAACCCCAGUACAAAUAACCAGAGAGAGAAAGAAGGAGGAAGACCAACUUGACUUUUUUGGGCAUUUUUCUUCAAAUACGAAACAUUUACUUAUAAUAAUUGCAUGUAUAAAAUACAUAAGAAUAGUACAUAAG